AUGGCCUGCGCUCCAUAUUUGGCGCUCCGUGUGAUCCAACAGUUAGCGGACGACGACGGAUAUCAUUUCCCUCUCGCUGCGCCUAUACUACGAGAAAACAUAUAUGUCGACGAUGUCCUAUUCGGAAACGACAGUAUACCUACGCUAAAACAGACACGCAAAGAACUUGUACAAUUGUUACUACGCGGCGGCUUUGAAUUACGAAAAUGGGCCGGAAAUUCGCCUUCUCUGCUAACAAACAUUGAGUCCGAAAACUGCGCUCCUGCCUGCUCCAAAUCCUUAUCCUCCGACGAAACACUCAAGAUCCUCGGAGUGACGUGGAAUCCCGUUCAGGACGUGUUUCAAUUAGCAGUCACUUUGGACGAUGUCAUACCAAAAAGCAAACGUUCUGUUCUAGCCGCAAUAGCCCGAUUGUAUGACCCGCUCGGAUGGGUCACUCCUGUCACAAUUACAGCAAAAAUCUUCAUGCAACGAUUAUGGAAAGAAGGGCUCGACUGGGAUUCCCUGCUCCCUCCUUCCCUACUCCCGCAAUGGCGACGUUUCUACACCAAAUUAUCGUCGCUGCGCGAGCUCCGCAUUCCCCGAUGGACCGGAUUCGGUUCCGACGUACGUCGCGCCGAGUUACACGGGUUUUCCGACGCUUCCAACGUCGCAUACUCAGCUGCAGUUUAUUUGAAAGUUGUUACAACGACAGGUCAUGUCACAGUCAGCCUUCUGAUAGGUAAAUCUAAGGUGGCUUCGUUAACUCCAACAAGUGUUCCUCGCCUCGAAUUACAAGGAGCCGUUCUCCUCGCCCAGGCGAUGGAAUUCGUUCGGGCCACACUGUCGUUAGCCCAUAUUCCGUGCUUUUGUUGGACUGAUUCCAUGGUGGUAUUAGCCUGGCUACGCCAACACCCAUCUCGAUGGAAAACGUUCGUCGCGAAUCGAGUCGCUGAUAUACAAAGCCGCUUAAAAAACGUAGAGUGGCGUCAUAUCGCCACUUCCGAUAAUCCCGCUGAUUGUGCUUCUCGUGGACUCCUCGGCGACGAGUUGAUCGCGCAUUCAUUGUGGUGGCGGGGACCUAUAUGGUUGUCUCAGCCAUCCGAGGAAUGGCCCUCGCGACUAUUUACCACGCCCGUCAAUGCGUCAUUGGAAGAGAAGGUUGUGUCGAUUCAAUGCAGUCGGUCAUCGACAACUUCCGACCUCGUUGCUCGUUUCUCGUCUUGGUCUAAGUUACUCAGAGUCACAGCGUAUGUAUUGCGGUUCAUCUCGCGAUGUCGUCGGUUGGCGAAUCACAAUGACACCCCACCAUCCUAUCGACUCGCGCUCUCUCCUGUUGAGUGUCAUGCGGCUCGCGUAUUUUGGAUCAAAACGAUUCAGAAUGACGUUUUUCCGGCCGAAGUCAAAGCGCUUUUAAAGGGACUACCCGUCGCAACCACCAGUUCAAGCUACUCGCUGUGUCCAUUCUUAGAUUCCGAUGGCGUCGUUCGGGUGAGAGGACGUCUGAGAAAUGCUCCAAUCCCGAUAUCACGCCGACAUCCCAUCCUUUUAGCGCGGCACCCACUUGUCGAUUUGAUUAUCGAUCAGGCACAUCAGCGUACGUUACAUGCUGGACUACAGCUAACACUCGGUACUCUACGACACGAUUUUUGGAUCCUUCGCGCUCGAAGUCUAAUCCAAGCAGUCAUAUACCGCUGCAUCGUCUGCACACGGGAGCGAGCCGCUACGCCUUCCCAAUUGAUUGGAGAUCUUCCCGCAGUUCGUGUCUCUGCCCCGGAACGUGUAUUUCUCCACUGCGGAUUGGACUACGCUGGCCCGUUACUUGUGCGAACUUCCUCCGGUCGCGGAAUCAAGGCACACAAAGCUUACAUAGCAUUAUUCGUGUGUUUAGCCACCCGCGCUAUUCACCUCGAGCUAGUCUCUGACUACUCCACCGCAUCAUUUUUAAAUGCAUUUUCGCGAUUCUGCGCUCGGCGAGGACUUCCGCGCUCAAUCUAUUCUGACAACGGCACGACCUUUGUAGGCGCGGACCGCGAGCUCAGGAACGCAUAUCGCGCCGCUUUACGCGAUCCAAAUCUACUCAAUAAAACUGCGGGCGAUAAUGUGUCUUGGCACUUUGUUCCUCCAUCUGCGCCUUACUUCGGCGGUAUCUGGGAGGCCGGAGUGCGGAGUGUCAAACACCACCUGCGACGAGUACUCAAAUCUUAUACGCUUACCUUUGAAGAACUGACAAUCUUGUUAUGUCGCGUGGAAGCGUGCCUGAACUCGCGCCCCAUCGCCCCGCUAUCCGACGAAUGCGAUAACUUCGAUUUCCUAACUCCGGGUCAUUUUUUAAUCGGAUCUGCGCUUACGACCAAUCCCGAACCAUCCACGCUCGAGCUGAACGAAAACCGUCUUUCUCGAUGGCAGUUAGUUCGGCAUAUUACCGAAGUAUUUUGGAAAAGAUGGUAUAAUGAGUAUAUUAAUACGUUGCAACAACGCUGUAAAUGGCGUGCUAAACAGCCAAACAUCCAAGUUGGACGAAUGGUGCUUCUGCGUAAUCCUAACUUGCCCCCUUGCAAAUGGGAGCUCGAUCGGAUAACUCAAUGCCAUCCAGGAUCGGAUUCACUAGCUCGGGUGGUUACGGUGCGAACCGCUACUUCCGAAUAUCGAAGACCUCUCAUAAAAUUAUGUCUACUCCCCAUCGAGUGCGCCAAUGACACCGCGAUAUAA